CGGGGCGGACGGGGCGUGUUUCCGGCCAGCUCAGCAGGCUUCUUCCGCUCCGCCGCUACGAGCGUCGGUAGCAGCGGAGAGGCCGCGCCGCGCCACGCAAAUAGCAGGGCCCCAGCCGGGAGCGCGGAGUCGGCUGCGAAGAGGAACGGGAAGAAGCCGGAGAAGCGCCGCCGCCAUGCUGAGCGUGUUCCGCUCCAUCCCCACGCAGAUGGACUACAAGGGCCAAAAAUUAGCAGAACAGAUUUUUCAAGGAAUCAUUCUUGUCUCUGCAGUAAUUGGUUUCAUCUAUGGAUACAUCACUGAACAGUUUGGAUGGACUGUCUACAUAGUUAUGGCUGGAUUUGCUUUAUCAUGUUUGCUGACGCUCCCUCCGUGGCCCAUGUACCGCCGCAAUCCCCUCAAGUGGCUGCCUGUCCAGGAGUCGGGCACGGAAGAGAAGAAGGCAGCAGACAGGAAGCCAAAGAGACAUUCUAAAAGCUAAAAAUUAUGGUUUCCAGGCUGUUACUUUGUUAAGUUUUGUUAAAUUAAUUUCCAUUGAGAAAUA